UAACGGCUGCUUCCUCAUCAUUCGGUACGCUCCGAGUUGCGAGUGAAGGACGAUAUAAAUCCCAGUGGCAAGUGCGUCCGCAGCGACGCUGUGCGGUUGUGCAACGGCCAACCGUUCCAUAUAAGACACACCAUCGCCUCUUCCUCCGCAAAACCACUCGCGAUGGUGUCGUAUUGUGGUGAAUAACACGCGCCUUCGGUUACCAUAAUCUAGUCAGCCCGGUGCGCCGUCAGUGAACUCCCGCGCGCAGCGAUCCCGAAGCACGAAGUCGACGGAUUACGAAGUCCCUGAUCGUAUUUACCGAUCGAUCCAUCGAAGACGACCCGUUUCGUUGACCCAUUUCCCCUUCGAAUUAACACGAAGCAUCGACGGGCACAGAAGUUUUUUUCGCGGCAGAUUUCUCGCGAGAGAUCGAUGGAUCGUUUCGUUAGUGUCGCCGCGGGCUUACGCAAUGAUCGCGUGCCGAUCGGAGGAGCCUAAGAAUAGCUUCCGACGGGAAUCGUCAAGGCUGCUCGAGGAUCGGUGAGAGUAAAUUAGAGGGAAAGUGCGGGUACGUCUCUCAACCCUAAGUUCGUGCGUUCGCGGCUUCGAUCGUCGGUGCGUUUUCGCGGAUUUCGCGGUGGAAUUCUAGGUGUGUCCCGUGGGAACAACGUUCGCGAGUUUCUGGAUCGUUACGGUGGUCAGGAUGAUCUAUUAUGACGCGAAGAGAGUGAACGAGAGGGUGGAAUACCCCAGGUUACCUCAAAGUUUGUCGAGCGACUUGUGUCUGACUUGGAAGAAUAUUUCGUACACGACCCAGAAAAGAAUCAAUGGCGGCAGCCUUCGAGCGAUUUUCGGCCUGCAACAGACCGAAUUCAUUCAGUUGCUUAACGGAGUUAGCGGCGUAGUUAGUUCUGGAAUGUUGAUGGCUAUCGUGGGACCAAGCGGUGCGGGGAAAACCACGUUGCUAGCGACCAUCAGCCGACGUGUCAAAGGCAGAGCGACUGGCGAGAUCCUACUAAAUGGGAAUCCAAUAGACACAGGCCAAAUGAUAAGGAUAUCAGGGUUCGUCCCGCAGAUGGACCUGGCGGUCGAGUCUCUGACGGUCCAAGAGCACAUGGAGUUCAUGGCGUGCAUGAAAAUGGACAGGAGGCUUCGAGCCAACGUUCGAAGGGAACGUAUAACCUGCCUGUUGGCGGAAUUCGGCCUGGGGAUAUGCGAGAACUCGAAACUCUCGGCCCUUUCCGGCGGAGAGAAGAAAAGGGUGGCUCUGGCUGUUCAACUGCUCACCGAGCCCAGUAUCCUCUUCUGCGACGAGCCAACCACUAGUUUGGACAGCUACGGCGCCAUGACGGUGGUGAGGACACUUAGGGAGGUUGCUGCCAGAGGAAGGAUAGUAGUUUGCUCCCUGCAUCAGCCUGCUUCCGGUUUGCUGGACAUUUUCCACGAGGUUCUCCUCCUCUCUGGCGGUAGAGUCGCUUUUCAGGGCUCAGCUGCUGAUGCCACCAGCUUCUUCGAUAGCUUAAAUCUGCGUUGUCCUCCAACCUUCAACAGCGCCGAGUUCUACGUCUCUCAAUUGUCCAUCGUCAGGGACAAAGAAGCUGAGAGUUACGCGAAGGUGAACUGGAUCUGCGACGAAUACGAGAAAUCGAAAUACGGUCAGAGGGUCUCCAAGCUGAUCGAGUACUCCUCCACUGCCACGUCGGACUACAGCGAGUUGCCAUUAAUAUUUACAGACGUUCCUAUGGCUCGUAAGGGUUUCAAAAGGGCCAGAGCCUUCACGCAGAUACGGUGGCUCGUCUGGCGAGCCUACGUCGACUAUAAAAGGAACAUGGCUUCUCAUCUCCUGCGAUUCGUCACGUACAUGUUCGUAGGACUCCUAAUAGCGUCGCCCUACGUGGACGUCGUUGGGGGAGCGAUGAAUCAGGACGGGAUCCAAAACAUGCAAGGUUUACUGUACCUGGUGGUCGUGGAGACCGUGUUCACGUUUAAUUACGCAGUUUUCUACACGUUCCCAGGAGAAAUGCCGCUGUUGCUGCGCGACAUCGCCGGCGGACUUUACGGUCCAGCGCCGUAUUACAUCAGCAAAGUUGUCGUUCUGAUACCUGGGGCUAUAAUGCAACCACUUCUGUACGCCGUUUUCAUAUUUAACAUCACUGGCCUGAAGGGAGGAUUCUUCGGGUUCGUGUACUUCGCACUGCCAGUAGUAGUAUCUGCCAUUACUGCGUCCGCUCUCGGUUUGUGCCUGUCGGCAUCGUUUAAAUCCGUGGACACCGCCUCCCUAUUCUCCGUGCCGGUGGACUUCCUUGGCCUGAUGUUCUGUGGGAUUUACCUGCAUCUUGGGGUGUCCCGGAAUUAGUGUAAGAAUCAAUGGAGAGCUGAGACGAUUCCGAACCGGAGUUUCCUUUGCAAAAAUGUCGGAUGGUGCCUCGUUUUUGAGUUAUUAACGAAAAACCGUCGACCAAUCACAGCGCCCGAGUACCGCGCAUUGAGCCGCGAGAGCACAGGCUCGAGCCAGGAUUGGUUGCCAGUCAGCUGAGUGUCCGCCAAUCCUGGCUCGAGCCUAUGCUCUCGCGACUGAGCGCGGGCUACACGGUCGCAAAGAAAAUAUAUUUCAUAGCUUUAAACCCUAAUGUAAUCGUAGAAUAUAUUUAUUGUAUAUUAUCCACUGCCAUCGUACAUCAUAAAAUCCGCGGUCUGUUC